CUUUCUCCUAUAUAACCCAUUCCUCCGCAUCUCUCAAUUCCCACAUCAAAACCCUUUCAUCAAACCCCGCUAAACAAAAACAAUGGCGUCUCCAUCUCCAACACCAUUGUUGAAAGAUGAGCUUGAUAUCGUCAUACCCACCAUUAGAAACCUUGAUUUCCUUGAAAUGUGGAGGCCCUUUUUCCAACCAUAUCAUUUGAUCAUUGUUCAAGAUGGCGAUCCAUCAAAAGUCAUCAAAGUUCCUGAGGGUUUUGAUUAUGAACUUUAUAACAGGAAUGAUAUCAACAAAAUCUUGGGCCCUAAAUCUUCUUGCAUUUCUUUUAAAGAUUCUGCUUGCCGUUGCUUUGGUUACAUGGUUUCCAAGAAAAAAUAUAUCUAUACAAUUGAUGAUGAUUGCUUUGUUGCUAAAGAUCCAUCUGGAAAUGAUAUCAAUGCACUUGAGCAACACAUCAAGAACCUCUUGUCUCCAUCGACUCCCCUUUUCUUCAACACCCUUUAUGAUCCGUAUAGGGAGGGUGCUGAUUUCGUCCGUGGAUACCCUUUCAGUUAUCGUGAGGGUGUCUCGACUGCUGUUUCUCAUGGGUUGUGGCUCAACAUCCCUGAUUAUGAUGCCCCGACUCAACUCGUUAAGCCUCGUGAGAGGAACACUAGAUAUGUGGACGCGGUUAUGACCAUACCAAAGGGAACCCUCUUCCCCAUGUGUGGAAUGAAUCUUGCUUUUGACCGUGAGUUGAUUGGUCCUGCAAUGUACUUUGGUCUCAUGGGUGACGGUCAGCCAAUUGGACGCUACGACGACAUGUGGGCGGGCUGGUGCAUUAAGGUUAUCUGUGACCACCUUGGAUUAGGCGUGAAGACAGGUUUGCCAUACAUCUGGCACAGCAAGGCUAGCAACCCGUUUGUGAACCUGAAAAAGGAGUACAAGGGUAUUUACUGGCAGGAAGAGCUGAUCCCGUUCUUCCAGGCUGCUACCCUUCCAAAAGAGUGCACCACUGUUCAGAGCUGCUACAGGGAGCUCUCGAAGCAGGUCAAGGCUAAGCUCGGCAAGGUUGAUGACUACUUCAACAAGUUGGCUGAUGCCAUGGUCACUUGGAUCGAAGCAUGGGAUGAGCUCAACCCGUCUGCUGAGCUACCAGCCAACGGGAAAUAGACAUUUAGAUCUGCCUUAUAGUUUAAUCGCCAUUUUGUCUCUGCCAUCGAGUCUGACUUUUGCUAUUCUUAUGACUUUCUUAUCUCUAGUAUAUUUAAAUUAUGAUUUUGUUGAAAAAUCUAUUUAAUGGAUCAUGGAGGAUCUUAGUUUUGUAAUAUUCUCUUUUAUAUCAUAGUACUGUUUUUAUA